AUGGAUAGGGAAUUGAUCAAUGAAAUCGUGGAGGGUGCGCCUUCCUUCUGGAGAUCAAUUAUCACGCCACACCUGUUCCAAGAUCUUGAACAGUUACGAUUAUCAGUCAAGUUUCAUGAAGAUUCACUCCUCAAUAUGGGAGGAGCCAAGGAAAACACUCAACAAAGUCCUUAUAAUCCUUUUAGGAACGUACACGUCAACUUGGUAGGAUGGACCAAAGCGACUUCGAACCCUCAAUUCCCAAAAGACGACUCUAAUGUUUCACUGCAUGGAAUGCUGGAUGAAAAAGGUGCCCGUCCUUGCAGACAUUGUGGUAGCAGAAAGCAUUGGGACAGGGAUUGCAAAUACACCAGAAAGGGAGAAAAACGCGCUAGAGCGAACAUGGUUACAACCGCAGCAGAAGACGAGCAAGCACAGGAGGAUUAUGACAAUGCCUAUUACAAAUGA